AUGUCUAUAAAAGAUGACCGUCAGGAGAAUAUGGAGAAGACGGGUGAGGGUGAAGGCAAUGCCCUCCAUCCCCCACUGAAGUGCACAUUCCUCCCACGCAUGCAUUUUAGUGUCUACAAUAUGAAGUGGAAAGUGGUGAAGAACGGUGGAUCAUCCUAUACAUCACCUGAUCUGGUGCGACACCUCUUGGAAUGA